CGCGUGCGGCGGAGCGCGGCGGCUCCGGGCUGACAUGCGGCGCGGCCCCGGAGGCAGCAGCAGCGGCGGCCGCAGCCGGAGCAGUAGGCACCCGAGCAGCGCCAGCGGCCGAGCGGGCGGCUUCCUGGCCUGGGCGCUCCGGGGGCGGCGGAGGUGCGCGCGGAGCCAUGGUUAUCAUGUCGGAGUUCAGCGCGGACCCCGCGGGCCAGGGUCAGGGCCAGCAGAAACCCCUCCGGGUGGGUUUUUACGACAUCGAGCGGACCCUGGGCAAAGGCAACUUCGCGGUGGUGAAGCUGGCGCGGCAUCGAGUCACCAAAACGCAGGUUGCAAUAAAAAUAAUUGAUAAAACACGAUUAGAUUCAAGCAAUUUGGAGAAAAUCUAUCGUGAGGUUCAGCUGAUGAAGCUUCUGAACCAUCCACACAUCAUAAAGCUUUACCAGGUUAUGGAAACAAAGGAUAUGCUUUACAUCGUCACUGAAUUUGCUAAAAAUGGAGAAAUGUUUGAUUAUUUGACUUCCAACGGGCACCUGAGUGAGAACGAGGCGCGGAAGAAGUUCUGGCAAAUCCUGUCGGCCGUGGAGUACUGUCACGACCAUCACAUCGUCCACCGGGACCUCAAGACCGAGAACCUCCUGCUGGAUGGCAACAUGGACAUCAAGCUGGCAGAUUUUGGAUUUGGGAAUUUCUACAAGUCAGGAGAGCCUCUGUCCACGUGGUGUGGGAGCCCCCCGUAUGCCGCCCCGGAAGUCUUUGAGGGGAAGGAGUAUGAAGGUCCCCAGCUGGACAUCUGGAGCCUGGGCGUGGUGUUGUACGUCCUGGUCUGCGGUUCUCUCCCCUUCGAUGGGCCUAACCUGCCGACGCUGAGACAGCGGGUGCUGGAGGGCCGCUUCCGCAUCCCCUUCUUCAUGUCUCAAGACUGUGAGAGCCUGAUCCGCCGCAUGCUGGUGGUGGACCCCGCCAGGCGCAUCACCAUCGCCCAGAUCCGGCAGCACCGGUGGAUGCGGGCUGAGCCCUGCUUGCCGGGACCCGCCUGCCCCGCCUUCUCCGCACACAGCUACACCUCCAACCUGGGCGACUACGAUGAGCAGGCGCUGGGUAUCAUGCAGACCCUGGGCGUUGACCGGCAGAGGACGGUGGAGUCACUGCAAAACAGCAGCUAUAACCACUUUGCUGCCAUUUAUUACCUCCUCCUCGAGCGGCUCAAGGAGUAUCGGAAUGCCCAGUGCGCCCGCCCCGGGCCUGCCAGGCAGCCGCGGCCUCGGAGCUCGGACCUCAGUGGUUUGGAGGUGCCUCAGGAAGGUCUUUCCACCGACCCUUUCCGACCCGCCUUGCUGUGCCCGCAGCCGCAGACCUUGGUGCAGUCCGUCCUCCAGGCCGAGAUGGACUGUGAGCUCCAGAGCUCGCUGCAGUGGCCCUUGUUCUUCCCGGUGGAUGCCAGCUGCAGCGGAGUGUUCCGGCCCCGGCCCGUGUCCCCAAGCAGCCUGCUGGACACAGCCAUCAGUGAGGAGGCCAGGCAGGGGCCGGGCCUAGAGGAGGAGCAGGACACGCAGGAGUCCCUGCCCAGUAGCACGGGCCGGAGGCACACCCUGGCCGAGGUCUCCACCCGCCUCUCCCCACUCACCGCUCCAUGUAUAGUCGUCUCCCCCUCCACCACGGCAAGUCCUGCAGAGGGAACCAGCUCUGACAGUUGUCUGACCUUCUCUGCGAGCAAAAGCCCCGCGGGGCUCAGUGGCACCCCGGCCACUCAGGGGCUGCUGGGCGCCUGCUCCCCGGUCAGGCUGGCCUCACCCUUCCUGGGGUCGCAGUCCGCCACCCCAGUGCUGCAGGCUCAGGGGGGCUUGGGAGGAGCUGUUCUGCUCCCUGUCAGCUUCCAGGAGGGACGGCGGGCGUCGGACACCUCACUGACUCAAGGGCUGAAGGCCUUUCGGCAGCAGCUGAGGAAGACCACGCGGACCAAAGGGUUUCUGGGACUGAACAAAAUCAAGGGGCUGGCUCGCCAGGUGUGCCAGGCCCCCGCCAGCCGGGCCAGCAGGGGCGGCCUGAGCCCCUUCCACGCCCCUGCACAGAGCCCAGGCCUGCACGGCGGCGCAGCCGGCAGCCGGGAGGGCUGGAGCCUGCUGGAGGAGGUGCUAGAGCAGCAGAGGCUGCUCCAGUUACAGCACCACCCGGCCGCUGCACCCGGCUGCUCACAGGCCCCCCAGCCGGCCCCUGCCCCGUUUGUGAUCACCCCCUGUGAUGGCCCUGGGGCUGCCCCGCUCCCCAGCACCCUCCUCAUGUCGGGGCUCCCGCUGCUGCCGCCCCCACUCCUGCAGACCGGCGUGUCCCCGGUGGCCUCGGCGGCGCAGCUCCUGGACACACACCUGCACAUUGGCACCGGCCCCACCGCCCUCCCCGCUGUGCCCCCACCACGCCUGGCCAGGCUGGCCCCAGGUUGUGAGCCCCUGGGGCUGCUGCAGGGGGACUGUGAGAUGGAGGACCUGAUGCCCUGCUCCCUAGGCACGUUUGUCCUGGUGCAGUGAGGGCAGCCCUGCAUCCUGGCGCGGACACUGACUCUUACAGCAAUAACUUCAGAGGAGGUGAAGACAUCUGGACUCAAAGCCAAGAACUUUCUAGAAGCGAAAUAAGCAAUACAUUAGGUGUUUUGGCUUUUUAGUUUA